GUUUUCGUAAUCAAAAGCUUAACAAGUCCUAGCUAGGUUUACUGGUAAGUACAGAAAAAGUCCCCAUUAUUUUUGAACCAAGCAAGUACAUUUAGUCUCAAUAUUAGCUUACCUUAUCUCUUGAGAGCUAAUUAGCCAUGGAUGAGAAUUUAGAGCUGAGGCUUAUUGCAGAACGAGAAGAAGAAGAGAAAAGUGAUCUGAAGAGAAGAGUUUGGGUUGAAACAAAGAAAAUAUGGAGUAUUGCUUUUCCAACAAUGUUGACUAGAGUCACUUCCUAUGGAAUGAUUGUUGUCACACAAUCAUUUCUUGGUCACAUUGGAGAAGUCCAGCUUGCCACUUUUGCACUCAUUCAAAGCAUUUACGUACGGUUUAUCAAUGGUAUUCUGAUUGGAAUGUCGAGUGCGACUGAAACACUAUGCGGGCAAGCAUUUGGAGCAGGACAAUACCACAUGAUGGGGAUAUACCUGCAACGAUCCUGGAUUGUGGAUGGCCUUACGGCGACGGUAUCAGUCCCGCUAUUGGUUUUCGCUUCACCCAUCUUCAAACUACUCGGGCAGGAAGAGGAGAUUGCGGAAGCAGCUGGGAAUAUAUCUCUGUGGUUUAUCCCAAUGCUUUACCAGAUGGUGUUUCAACUAACCAUGCAAAUGUUCCUCCAAGCUCAGCUCAAAAACUUUAUUGUUGGAUGGCUAAGUGCUUUUUCAUUUGCUCUUCACUUGUUAUUGUCAUGGAUCCUGGUUUACAAGCUAAACUGGGGUGUUGCUGGGGCAAUGGGUUCCUUGAAUAUAUGUUGUUGGAUUAUGGUUGUAGGGGAGUUUGUGUUCAUCUUAGGUUGGUGCCCCAAUACAUGGAAAGGAUUCUCCAAGGCUGCCUUGUAUGAUUUAUGGCCUACAAUAAAGCUGUCCAUGGCCUCUGGCCUCAUGAUUUGCUUAGAGUUGUGGUACUAUGCCGUUCUUGUGCUGCUGGCUGGAUAUAUGAAAAAUGCAACCAUUGCCAUCGAUGCAUUCUCCAUCUGCCUCAAUGUCAAUGCAUGUGAAUUCAUGAUCUGCCUAGGCUUAACUGGUGCAGCAAUAGUUCGGGUAGCCAACGAACUAGGAAGAGGAAAUGCAAAAGCAUUGAAAUUUGCAAUAAAAACAAUAAUGAGUGAAUCAAUAUGCAUUGGAAUGUUAUUCUUUGUAUUGUGUUUAGGGUGCGGGCGUCAAAUUUCCUACUUGUUUACAAGUGAUGAACAAGUUGCACAAGUUAUAUCAUCUCUCUCAGAUCUUCUCGCCAUCUCAGUCUUGUUCAAUAGCAUUCAAGCAGUAUUAAGCGGUGUAGUAAUUGGAACUGGAUUCCAGAGCACAAUAGCAAUAGUGAACUUGGGAUGCUUUUAUAUUGUAGGAGUACCUGUUGGAGUUGUGUUGGGUUAUGUUUUGAACCUUCAAGUUACAGGACUAUGGAUUGGAUUGCUUAGUGGGGUGGCAUUACAAAUCAUCAUUCUUGUAUUCAUAGUUUGGAGAAUAGAUUGGGAUGAACAAGUUGAAAAUACUUCUCAACGUCUCAACCAUUGGCUUUUAGAAGAAGAAGAAGAAGAAGAAGAAGAAGACGAAGAAGAAGAAGAAGAAGAAAAUCAAAUUCAAAGCCUACCUUGAGCUUAAUUAUAACUAAGAAUUUUCAUCUAGGUUUUUAGUUGCUUCAUCUACAACUUUUUUUUUCUUUUAACUAUGCUUUGGAUGAUUAGGUUGUUCGAAAAAUAAUCACUUCAAGUCGGAUUGAAAAAAAAAGAUGUUGAACAAUUAAAAGAGUCCGACUAUAAUAUUCUAAAAUUUAUUUUAAUUCCAUCAUGAUAUAAAAAAGUUAAUGUACUAAAAAUAA